AUGUUGUUCACCAAUCACACACCAACAGGGCGUUUAAAUGAGAUGAGAAAGGAAAUUAAAACAUAUUAUUAUGGACCACCAAAAGCUCAUUUAUACACAAUGGAAACGUGUCAUUAUUCAACUUUACUCAAUCCUAGUAAAGAUGUGAAUGAGAGCAGAAGGGGCAUUGUUAGAUAUUUAGUUUGUAAUCCCAUAAUUCUAAUGAUCAUUCGGGGCCUGAAACAUGAACAUUGUACACAUUUUAAUGAACUCACAUUUAUCCCCAACAUAGAUACAUGCACAGAUAUAUGUUGUUACAAAAUUCAAGACCAAUUUACUAAAUCAUUAAACCGAAAUUUUUCAUAUUACAUUUUUGAGGCAAUCAUCUCAAAACUGUCUUGCGUGUCAACACAAAACGUGUCUAACUUAAAGACUCAUAAAAUUUUUCAUCCGAAAGAAAAACACAAGCAGAAGAAGAAGCAACACAGAAGAAGCAUCUACAAAAUAUUUAAAGUGACUGACAAAUUUAUGACUUUUUCACAUAAUUUUCAACAUUUAAUUGAUAAAGAAGUUUCUGACAUAUUUGAAGCUCUAUCUUAA